GCCUUCGCUGUUCGGAACCCCAAAGCAACUCUUUCCCAACGUUCAACGAUAUUAAUGACACCCGCACAGCCUAGGUUUCGGCGGUGCACCGGUGAUAUUUAGGCUGAAUGGGAUCAUCAAGCUGUUUCAAAGUGUUUCAGCUUUUACUUCCAUUCACAUGUAUUCCAAGCUGAUACUAGUAGGUUUUACCUGCUUGGCCGGUGCAUUCGCUGUCUAUUUGGGCCAAGUCGUUCGCAAAAGACUCAGACAAUGCGAGCCAAAGGACAUACACCAGUUCAUACCGUUACCUCCUGGUCCCAAAAAAAUGCCAAUCAUAGGAAACCUCUUCGAUAUUCCAUUAGUUGACAUGGCAAAGGUAUUCGCAGAAUGGAAAAGCUUGUAUGGCGACAUCAUCUACAUUGAGGCAUUGCAACAACGGAUCAUGGUGUUGAGCUCCUUCGAACAUGCUAACGAACUUUUAUCCAAGAAAUCGUAUUCCGAUCGUCCGGUACCCAUGAUGUUAGGAGAGCUCAUGGGCCUUGGCCAAAGCUUUGCUUUACUUCGAUAUUGCGCUGCGUGGAAAGAACAGAGGAAGUUUGCUCAUUUGGCUUUGAAUGCUGGUGCAAUCAAAGAAUAUAGCAAGCUGCAAACGGAGGCUGUCGUGUUGUUUCUGGACAGUCUCGUCGAGAACCCAAGGGACUUCAUAUCUCAGCUUCGGUUGGCUACGGGCCGCGCUGUGUUGUCCAUGACAUAUGGUUUCCCAGUCAAAAGCUCGGAGACGAUGAAUUUUAUUGCUGAACUGGAGAUUAUGAUGGCCACUAUAGGCAAAGGAAUGAUGCCAGGAGCAUACGCUGUCGAUAUAUUUCCAUGGCUCAGAUAUAUCCCUUCUUGGGUCCCCUUCAAUAACAUUCAUGCCAUUGCUGCAGAGGGCCGCACGCGCCUUCUUCGCGUUGUCGGACUACCCUUUGAAUAUGCGAAACAACAGUUUUCGUCGCCUUCACCAACCGCAUCCUUCACCGCUACUUGUCUUCAGGUAGAAGGCGCUGCCGACAUGGAACAUCAAAUACGGUGGGCUGCUGGUUCGAUGUACGGGGCUGGUAGUGAAACGACCAUGGGCACAGUAUUGGCUUUCAUUCUCGCCAUGGCCUUGUACCCUGAUAUUCAAACUAAGAUAAGGAUGGAGCUUGAUCAUGUUGUUGGCCAUGGGCAACUCCCGACAUUGGAUGAUCGCUCCCGCUUACCUUAUGUGAAUGCUGCCAUCAAAGAAAUAAUGAGGUGGAAUCCAGUGGUUCCUCUAAGUCUCCCUCAUUUUACAAGCAAGGAAGAUGUAUACCAAGGGUUCCGCGUGCCUAAGGGAACAAUUGUUUUUCCGAAUGUUUGGGCUAUGUCUAGGGAUAACAUCAGCGGAAUUUCUCCCGACGAAUUUGCACCAGAGCGUUUUCUUGACGAUUGCGUCGAAAGGACAGCAUUGGACCCAUAUUCAUACGCUUUUGGAUUUGGUAGGAGGAUAUGUCCCGGCAGGUUCUUUGCGGAUAAUAGUGUAUUUUUAUAUGUGACUGGUCUCGUGUCCACCUUUGUCAUAUCUCCGACUGUUGGAUCGGAUGGAAGGAACUCUCUUUUGAGGGCGCCGUUUAGACAGGGUAUGAUGAGGUUCCCUGAAUCGUUUCACGUUUGUAUACUUCCCCGUUCUGAGAAGCUCGCAGAAGAACUCCAAGCCAGAGCUAGGGAGAUGUCCAAGAAUGGCAGUGAGUGACGCAGCAACUUGUAGCGAGAGCAUGAGUAGAUCCGUGUAUCCUUAUCUUAUGAAUCGUGAUCUGUGAUAUACUAUAGUGUCCGUCGUGUC